AAACUAGAGCCAUCCUGUGAGCCAAAGGUCACCAUUGAGAUGGACGAUGCACCUGCGCAGUGCAAUGAUGACAGAGCGGAGACCUGCACAGUGUCGGUUAAAGGUCUAACAGAGAACUGGCAGAAAUGGUCUGAUGACCACAGUGAGUCUCAGAAACACAACCCCUUCAGCAACGGCAAGGUGAUUCCCUCGCAGAUCCAGCGAGGACAGGUGGGCUACGGCAGGCCUCUAGAGGGCUCCAAAACAGAGCAGAGAGGAAAGGACGCCCACUCUCACAUUAGCAGAGAGGUCACUGAGCUGUGCCAGGUGAUUAGGGAGAUCGGAAAGUGCAGAGAGGACAGCAGGCCGUCUGUGCAGUUUGGAGCGCUGUUUGAGAGAUACGUCAACAUCUCGAAUAAACUAGUGGGAGUUCUGUUGCGUGCACGUAAGCAGGGGCUGGUCCACUUUGAAGGAGAGAUGCUGUGGCAGGGGAGAGAUGAUGGAGUGUUCAUCACCUUGUUACAGUGAUUGACACAAUGGAAUAGAUUUGGUUUGAACAUUGAGGGGGACCAAAUGUGGGGUUUGGGGGGGCGGAGUUCGGAAGUGUUAUGUUUCAUUACAACACAUUACACAAUGCAUAAUAACAGUUCAAAUUGAUGCACAGGUAAAUAAAAAAAGUAUAUUUAAAGUAGGGAUGCCGCAGUGUGAGUUUCUGACGGUUAGAUUACCGUCUGAGAAAGAAAAUUGCAGUCAACCAAUUUUACAAUUAUUUGCACAUUUUCUUAUUAUGCAACUGCAAUGAUGCAAAAAAUGCAUAUCAUAUAACAAUUGUCUAAACGUCUAAGUGGACAUAUUUCUGGGGGAUAUGUAGACGCUAAGGAAAGCCUUAUAAUAAGAAACUGAUAAAUACACACACACAAAUAAUUGCAAGGAUUCAUACCUGUGAAUGAAAUCCGCCUCAGCAUCAUCUAUAACCCCCCCCCCCCCCCGUCUCCCCGAAUUCUACGCCAGUGGAUUGACAGCAAUGAUGGCCACCACGUGCCUGCCUCAAAGUGUAUUUUCAUGUCAAAGAUUGCAUUACAGAUAUGCAUUUUACUUGAAUAUUGGUUAGGAGUCAGGUUCAGGGCCAAAGGAACAAUUGUUAAUGAGAUAAUAUUGCAGGAAAAUGUAGCAAAAGGGUAUGCUUAUACUUUUAAAGGUACUGUAAGCAAUUCCAGCCAUUUUGCUAACUUCUGUUUGACUUGGCCACUUUUUUGAGGUUUCUAAGGCUGUCACAGACACAGAUGUGAUUUGUAUUGCAGUGAUACCUGUAACUAAGGUAGGAGUGAUAUUUUAUGCAUGGUAUUCCAUAAAAUUGCGUACAGCACCUUUAAGGGAACUUACACAGUCACAAUGCAACACUGUAGUAUUAAUAAGCCAUAUUUCUCACUCCAUAAUCACAAAAGAAUGCCAUCACUUUGAUGCACAAUAUUAAGGCACAUAAAGUGUUACUAUUGCAACCUCUUUGAGUCAUUUUCUGCUAUGAUGGAUUUGCACAGAAAUUACAAAUACUGUCUAUAAGAUGUCUGCUUUACUAUAUAGAGCAACAGUGGGUGUUCAUAUUUGUAGCAGGGUGACCAGAUGUCUGGGUUUCAUGAGGUGUGUCCCAGUGUCCGGAAAAUUCUCUAAAAAAUGGAAUUAUGUCAAGCGUUAUGUCAAACACUGUCAUUUUCUGAUGCCCACUGAGGUAAAUCGAACAUUGCUGGUCACUAUCAGACAGCCAAGUCCCACUCUCUCCCCCCAAUCUGGUCAGCUUCAAGACCAAAAACAAAAGCUAUUAAAAAUGACAUUAAUAAACAAUUUAUAAUGUAAUUUUUGUUAUAUGAUUUAACAUGCUAUGCAAUGUAAUUACAACCAUUCAAUAAUUAAAUGCAUCUGAGGCAU